AGAAAAUCAAACCAUUAUGUCAACAGCUUGAAAGGCCGGGGAUAAACAAUGGGAAAAACCGGCCCUCCGAUUGACCGGGGAUGGGCCUGGAUGAUAGCUCUGGGUCUUUUUCUCAAGUCGCUCAUUAAUGGAGGCUUUAUAAAGUCUUACGGAAUAUUUUUCUCGGCGUUUUCCGAUACUUAUGGCCGGUCAGCCUCGGAAACCCAACUGAUUAGGUCAGCUAGAGCAGUCUGCGCUACUCUUUCAGGCCCAUUCGGUACAGCGUUAUCUGAGCGCUACACAGAGCGGGUUGUCGUCAUCGUUGGGGCACUCAUCUCAUCGGCUGGCUUCAUUCUUGCUUUUUUCGCCGACAGUUUGGAAUUUGUCAUUUUCACCUUUGGGGUAUGUGGGGGCAUUGGCAUAUCAUUGAUCAACGGACCCUCAAGGGUUUGCUUGGGUCGGUAUUUCGACAAAAAGCGGGGCAGAGCAAACAGUUUAUCGUUGAUGGGUGCGUCUGUAGGUCAAGUGGCUGUGCCUCCCCUUAUCUCCCUUCUCAUGGCCACAUACGCACUCAGGGGAAGUAUGUUGAUCUACGGUGGCAUUUUUCUGAAUAUCGUAAUCACCGGGGCUCUGUUGAGACCCUUAAAGUCCUACUCUAGCACGGAAAAAGAAACUGUUGCAGUAGAAGAAUGCAGUCCACAUGACGCAAGUGGUGAUACCCUUGAAGAUGCCGAAACUGGAGAUAAUACUGGCUCAAAAACCGCAAAAGAUGCAGGGGCGUCACGCAUUCCGAAUGGCAAACAUCAAAAUCUUGAUGAAGGUACGUGCUGCUCUAAUGGCACGUUGCGCGAUAUUCAGGGGUCCCCAAGGGUGGACAGACCAACUCUGCUGUCGCUAACGUCCACGACGUCUGAAGAGAAUUUUAAAGGAUCUACCAGGAGCAUCACUGAGCGCAUGCGUCAUGUUGGUUCCCACCUAAGUUUGAGCACGAUAGAGGACCCGAGAUCCGUUCCAGAGGUGGAAAUUGUAUCCCCAUCUGAGACACUCGUGAAACGGAAAUGUUCAGUUUGUUCUCCUCUCGUGAGCUUCAUCAAAUUUAUAUUCGAUCCUCAGGUGCUUGGUAACCCGCUGUACAUCCUGUUUCUUUUCUCGUCCAGCCUGUUCAUGGUUGCCAAUACGAACCAAGUCACCUUCAUCGUUCCGCGUGCUGAAGAAAUAGGCAUUUCCCGAGAGAUGGCAGCUGUUCUGUUGUCUGUCGUUGGAGGUUGCGAUUUCUUCGGCAGGUUCCUUUUCGGUGUACUGGCCGACAUCAAAUGUCUUUCCUCACAUCACGUCAUGGCUUUUGGCACGACUAUCUCCAGUGCGGUCAUGUUCGCCCUUCCAUUCACUAGAACGUUCCCUGAAAUGGUAGCUGUAGCCGCAAUCUUCGGGCUUGUUGGGAGCUCUCAUGCAAUCCUUCAACUACCGGUCAUGGUGGACUUUGUAGGGAAGGAAGGAUUAGCCAAAGCAGUUGGGAUGGGUAUUUUCUUCCGAGGGAUAUUCAGUUCAGUUUUGGCACCUCUUCUGGGUAAGUGUGUGGGUAGUCUGUGUUAG